ACCAUGGUAUUACAUAUAUGUAAAUUUGACACGUAUCUCAAGACCAUGUUUAACGCGCAUGCGCAAAAAAGCGUCUUCGAGAACACGUUCUAAAGAUAUUAGAAAUAAAAUGAAAGCAAAUGUGGAAGGAAAAAUCCAGAAUAUUUUAACGACAUCAUUUCGUUUCAACAACAAAUAUAGUAUUGCCAGAAUGCUUAUAAACACCAAAUAAUACAGCCAAAAUUUUUCUUCAAGAAAUUUGAAGCGAAAAUAGUGUCAAACGGAACACUUAGUUAAAAGUUUCUAUAAUUUCUAACCUAAAAAUGACAACCGCAAGUGUGGAAUGUGGCGAUUUUUUAGAAUUUCAGGAUACAUUAAAAAAAAUGCGACUGCUAGAUGAUAAAAUAAUUUACAUGUUGAAUACCACAGUUCCUACUGAAUCAUUCAAAGGCCAAGUGGAUCCUAAUGCGCAAUGUAAAGACUUAUUCCAACAAAUAAAGUCUGUGCAUACACAAAGAGAACAAGCAAUCAUGAAAUGUUUGAACAUUGCUAAGGAAAGAGUAGUACAAUUAAAAAAUUUGAGAGAAAAUGGUGAUGAAACUCUAACAUUAAUGAAAAAUUUGAGAAAUGAACAGACUACAUUGAGAUUAUUAAAAGCUGAGCUUAAUAUAGAAGAAGUUAUUAAAAAACGUACAGUACAAAUUUAUUAUGAAAGAUGCCGUGAAUUUUAUAAACCAUCACAUGUGAACAUGUGAUUAAAUAAAAAUAGCAAGUAAAUAAGACUGAAGAUAUAUUGGUAUAUGGUUAUCUAAUUGCUAUAUUAUAUAUGAGUUGUUACAAUCUAGGUAUAUAUAUAAUAAUUUUGUAAACAUUAGCAAUAAUUUGUUUCUCAAAAAUCAUUGUUAUCUUGUAAUGAAAAUAUACAAUAUAUACCAAUUCUUUCUCUCUCUCUUUUAUGAGUGAGAAUUCUCUUUAUUGCAAUUGUAUCAUCUGUAAGGAUAAAUAAAAAUAUAACUAAUAUAAUAUAAAU